AUGUCAUUCUCUCUUUGGUAUACGCUACUUUACAUAUUAUCAUUUGGUUCACUAAAUUCUCCACAACAUAUCGUGAUUCAAACAGGAUGUUUCAACAUUUAUCAUCCAUGUCUAAAAGGAUAUCGAUCACGACAAAAUAGUACACUUUCAUAUUUACUGAUGAAUUUAUCCGGUUCACCAUCGACCAUAUCACCAUCAUCAGUAAUAACUCGUCGUUUGUUAAUUAGGACGAAGUAUGUUAAUGAUCUAACAACGACAGCGACUUCAUUAACUCUUCCAUUAACAACAGCAACCACUACAUUAUCACCAAUUUGGCCUUCAUUCCUCACAACUUUACUAUCAUCACUACGAUCAAAAACAAAAAUAACAGUCGCUACCGGCACUACCAUCUCCACUACUACCAUAAUUUCCACCACUACCACUACGAGCACCACUAUUGCCAAUACUACCACAUUUCCAGAGACUACUCGUAACACAGAAAAUAUGCCUUUUACUGCACCAUCCAUGCCUGAAGAAGUAAUCUCUUCAUCUCCCGAUACGGUAGUCGAGAAGCAAUUUACACCAAGGCGGGGGAAACCACAUAGUUGGUGA